AGCGCGAUUGGCGCAGCGCAGAAGUGAGCGUUGGACACGUUAACGGUGGCAUUGAAUUGUGAAUCGGAUCGCCCGCUCACCUCUCCCUUCUACAAAACAAACAAAAACAUCUGCCGAUUCAAUCAACCAACCGCCAACCUGAAAUACCUGUUUUGCUUUUGUUCUUUUUUCAUUUGUGGUAGAAUAAUAAUAAAUUGAUUUAAUUUGAUAUUAUAAAGGGUUAGGGGUGGGAGAUUCAGAGGGUGUUAAGUCACUGAUGGAAGACCUCAUUGGCCUUCUAAGGAUUCGGAUCAAGCGUGGCGUCAACCUCGCCGUUCGUGAUGUCAAUAGCAGCGAUCCAUACGUCGUCAUUAAGAUGGCCAACCAGAAACUCAAGACUCGCGUGAUUAAAAAGGAUAUUAAUCCUGAGUGGAAUGAAGACCUUACACUUUCCGUCACAGAUGCUGUUCGUACAUUCAAAUUGACAGUGUAUGACCACGACACUUUUACAAAAGAUGAUAAAAUGGGAGAUGCAGAAUUUGACCUGACACCGUAUAUAGAAGCCUUGAGGAUGAACCUAGAAAACCUCCCCAGCGGUACUAUAAUCGCAAGAAUACAACCAAGCAGGCAAAACUGCCUCGCCGAGGAGAGCUACAUCACUUACACCAAUGGCAAAGUUAUUCAAGAGUUUGUCCUUCGAUUGCGAAAUGUCGAAACUGGUGAAGUUGAGAUCCAAUUGCAAUGGAUUGAUCUUCCUGGUUCCAAGGGUUUAUGAUCUCAAUCCUCCUUCUUUAUUUAUUUUCCUUGGGGAACAAACAAACAAACAAACUGUUUGUGUCUCUGCCUAUAUUUCUUUUUAUCCCAUUUGUAUUGCAUUUAUUCAUUCGGGUUGUAAUUUUU